AUGUCUGAAUCAACAGCAAUACAGUACACACCACUCCUCCUCAAAGCAUUCUCAGCAUGGAUAGCAUACCUGGGCGCUUCACACAUGGUCCGCGGCGUCACUCAAUAUCUCCCACCCAAUGAGCGCACCCAAAUCUCUCUAGAGACAACAUCUCAGCUUGACUCUCAAUACCGAUUCCUAGGAGCAACACUCAUUGGCUUCAGCGCCGCGCUAUGCUGGACCUCGUAUGAUAUUACGAAUAGACAGUUACCCUUGAAUAUUCUCAUGGCUGCUUUGUCGCUAAGCGGGGCUGGAAGACUUAUUUCGGGCUUCGCUUUUGGAUACAAGGUUCAGUGGACAAAAAAUGCUACUGUUACUGAGCUUGUUGUCCCGCCUUUGGUAUACUGGUUUGGAAUUCGAAACUAUUGA